AUGAAUAAAAAUAAAAUAGUUAUUACUUUAUUUAAAAAUAUAAAAUGUUUUAAAUAUUUAAGUAUAAGUAAAAGUUACUUUCAUAUAUUAUUUACAAAUGAAAAUAAGGGAAAUAAAUUUUUAAAUUUCAAAAAUAUGACAGAUUUUGAAAAUAAAAAAAUUGUAUUAUUAGACAUUGAAUCAGAAAAUAGAAAUAUAAGAAAAAAAAUAAAUAGAACAUUUAUAGGAAGUAUAUUAUUAUCAUCAAUAACUAUAUGUUUGAUUGAAUUAAAUUUAAUAUACAAUAUUUAUGGAUAUAUUGUUUCAGUGGGUUUAAUAAUUUUUUUUACAAUUUACUUACUCUUUUAUAAUUCACUUAUAUUAAGAGCAGUAUUAGAUUAUGAAAAUAAAAAUUUGUUAUUAUAUCCUUUUACAUUAUUAAAAAGAAAUAAUUUGAAAAAACAAAUUAUUAUAUCACUUCAUGAAAUAAAAAAAAUAAACAAACUUAAAAAAUACAUUCAACUUCAUUUAAAAAAGGAGAAAUCAGUGUCCAUUUUUAAUUUUAUUCCUUUACAUAUACCAAGAUACAAUUGUGCUAAAACAAGUUUACCCAAAGAAAAUAAGAAAGAUAUCUUAUAUUCUUAUGAUUUUAAUAAUCUAAAUAUUUCUGUUUUUAAUCAAAAAAGGAGUAAAAUAGAUGUCCCAAAUAUUAAAAAAAAUAUAGAAGGUUAUCCUUUAAAUUUAAUAGAAGAAAAUAAAUUAAUAUCUUUAUUGAAAUUAUGA